AAUCAAUAGGUCUUUAAAUGAAGCCUUAAUUUUGUUAGCUUUAUCCUAUAAAGAUUUAAGAAGGACCUUAUAUUGUUUAUGACAAGUAGGUUGGUGAUGCAUCAGGAAUUUUCUUGGCAUACAAUUAUGAUGUAAAAUAGGAUUGUUGCGCUAAAAUUAUUGAUAUUGAAAAUGAUGAAGAAAGAUAGAAUCAAAUUAAAAACCAUGAAUAAAUGUCUACAAUAUUUCAUGAGAAUAUAAUAAGAGUCUAUAAAGUUUUAUAAGAGGGGACUAAAAUUUAUGUUAUUUAAGAAUUAUGUAAUAUGGAUUUUUAAUGCUACUUAAAUAGCAAAUCAUAUGAACUUAAAAACAAAGAAAUACUGGACUUUAUUUAAUAAGUCUCCAAUGGGUACUUAGCUUUAGAGAACAAAGGAAUUAUUCAUAGAGAUUUAAAACCUAAAAAUAUUCUAGUUAACCUAGAUUUGAGUAAAAAUAAAAUGAUAUACAAAGUAAUAUUUUUACCCUAAUUAUUUAAGAUUUGUGACUUUGGGUUGGUUAAAAUAAAAUAAAUUUGUAGAGUUUAAACAUAUGAUUAGCAAGGAACGGAAUGUUAUAAAGCGCCAGAAAUUAGAGAUUCGAAUUAUAGCUAUGAAGCUGAUGCUUUUUCUGUAAUAAAAAUAUAUAUUUAAAGUUUGGUAUAGUACUCUUAGAAAUCAUAAUAAAAAAAAGUUUAAAUUAGGGAUUAAGAAAGGAGUUAAUUGGAGCUAUAGAAAAUAAUGGUUUUCAAUAAUGGUUUAAUGUCUAAAAGUUAAAAAAUUAAAAUCCUGGCUACGGGCUUAGUUUAGAUUAGACUUACCAAUUUCUAGUCAAAAAAUUGAAUGAGCUACUUGCCUAUGAUCCGAAAAAUAGAAUAUCAUGGCAAUCAUUAAAAUAAGAAAUUGAUGGAAAAAUUAAUUAUCUUGUUGAGUUACCACUUGUUAAAUUUGAUGGAAAAUUUAAUUAGAAUUUAUAAUCGCACUAAAGUCAAUAGUCUUUUUCUUUAGUUGUCAAUUUUAAACCAUAAUAAGAACCAUAAUAAUCAAACACCCAGAGGUUCGCAAGAACUGUAGGGUAACAAAAUACUAAUGAUAACAAUUAGGUAAUUGGAACUUAGUAGAAUCAGUUUUAACCAAUUAUCCCUGUUCAAAAAAGUUAACCUUCAUUUUAAAACAUAAAUAUACAAUAAAUUCCUGGAAGCUCCUAAGCUCAAAAAUUUUUUAAUUGCAAAAAGGAUUAAUGA